AGAUAAUCAAUAAUCUAACUAAACAACUCCCAAGCUGCUAUCACGAAAGAUAAGAAUAUUGCACAGCAUUUUAUUUCCCAAACGAGUUAGAUGUGGUUUAAAAGUGUUGAAAAUGUCGUUAGUUAAAGUGUCGCUUGAAGAUUUGGAUAAUAAUACCAAGUUCUUGUACGAGGUUGAUAAGAGUAAGUCGCUUGAAGAGAACAUAAGCAACAUUUGCAAAAGUUUUGAAAAACCAUAUUCGCCUUCCGUUUAUGGUCUAAAACUUAUAGCCACAAAUGACGGAAAAAUUAUUCACUCCUACCUAUCUGAAGAUAACUUCGAGACGAUCAAAGACGGUUAUUUCCUAAAGCUAGUGUAUUCUGUAAAUCACUACUUAAAAAGAAUUUUCGACCACAUCACUGAUGAUUUCAAAGAGAGAAGCUUUAUUGACCUUUAUGAAUUGAGUGUGGAUGCCGAAUUUAUCAAAGAGAUGGUUAAAUUCGAAAAACAUUUAGUUUUGCUUGACGUUUUCACAUACGCAGAAUUAAGCGAAAGUGAAGCUACGGCGUGUUUGAUUGCAAUAGUCCACUUGUUUCAAAGACAAUGCAUUGACGACAUAAGCGAGAAAUUUUUGAACAAAGUGGUUGAAAUAAGUAAAAACGGCAAAAGCAGCGAAUUAGUUAAAUACGCCUUGUCAGUACUUCACAAAAUCUUAAGCAACCGCGAUGACAAAUUUGCAAAAUGGAAAGAAGAGACCAUUAAACGAGUCAAAAUUAUUGAUUUAAUGAACCACAUUAAGAAGCAAGACGAUUCCGACUUGCACUAUGGUUCACUACUCGUUAUGAAUGCUUUAAUUAGGUGCUGCAAGGGCGAAAAACGGCAACAACUCAUUAAGGAAAUAAAUAUCAAACAGUAUCGGGAAACAAUCUACAAACAUGUAAUAACGCCUGGCAAUGUUACGAAAAACGUGGCGCGAGAGUUGUACAUUUAUCAGACGUAUCUUUUAAGCACUUAUGCAGAUGCUCUCACCACUCCCAUAGCGGACUCUGAUUACUUAAGCGAGUUCGAGCCGCUGGACAGCGAAGUUAAAAAAAUGACUAUUUUGAUGGACUUUGAUGAAAUUGCUCCGAAAAAUAAAAGUGCGUCCGUGGACAAUUUACUCAAUUGUGACGAUGUUAGAAUUUCACUGGCUUCCAUGUCGUCUAAAUUGAGUGAAGAUUCAAGUUUCUCGCAUCGAAUUCAAAGCUUUGCCACAAAUUGUAGCGAAAGUGACAGUCUGUUGCCGAGUCUUUUAACCAUUGAGGCUCUUAGACAUUACAGGACCCAUCAUUACAAAAACUUCAGCCAGAGCCAAGUCGAAGAGCACGUAUAUGAACCUGGACUUCUGGCAUCAAGCGAGAGAGUUGUGAGAAUGUUGGCAAAAAUCCUCCGCAUAGGCGUGGGGCCGGACAGAAGCAGUACCUGUUACCAGCCUACCAUUUUCACGCAUUCGUCAAAAAUGCCGUUCUUUUUUGAGCUUUUCUCGCGAACAAUGUGGCUGCUUUCAAAGACAAGGCGCGAAAUGAAAGCUUCCACACUCUCCGACUAUGAAAAAGUCAUUCAUGUGUUAGCCAAACAAGUCAGAGUCGUCCUUGAGGCGAAACCGAUGGAUUUCAAAAAAAUGACCGAAAAAAUGGUUGAAACUUCCUAUAACACUGUAGUCGAAAUAUGGCAGAAAGAAAAAGAGGAGGAAUUGCAAAACGUGCUGGAUACUAAUGAGUGCAUUCAAGGCUUGAAGAAAACCUUUAAUAAAGAAAAUGAAACAAAUAUUUACUUGCAGCGAAUUAAUUUUAUAAAAAAUGGUACAGUUUUUCCAAGAUUUGUCGAUAAGAAAAUAAAUGGGAAUUUUUACGCCAAGCUCUCUAACAACUGCCGGGAUUUACUUAUCGGUGAUUAUAACGCAUUAACAAGAACUUCAGGGAGAGCUUUUGGGUACUCUCUGAGCGAUGUUACGCAUUUAGUUGAAGGGAAGGCCUGUCCACAUGUUGCCAAUCACAGUGUUAAAGAUCCUUCCCUUGCCUUCUCCUUAAUAAUUAACAACGAAUUUAUAAAUUUCAAAGCAGCGGACCGAAAAUCGGCCAGUUAUUGGACAGAUGCACUUAACUUGCUACUGGCUUUACCAACAGGAAAACCCAACCGGAGUUCGUAUUACACCAACGAAAUGAACGAACUAACAAAAAUGGACUUGGUACUUCAUUUACUGGAGCUCCAAGGGGCUACAAUCCCGAAAAGGCCCCCUCCAGUCCCCCGCAAUCCGUUCGAACUGAGGCCCCCAAUACCCCCAAAGCCCCAAAUGUACCCCGAAAAAAACGCGCCUAUUAAGAAAUAAAUCAAUUUAUUCCAGUUUCACAAAUCA